AUGCCAUAUUAUCCACGUAAUAUGCAUGGUUAUGGCCAACAUCCACCAAAUCCUCGUUGGCCAAAUGAUGCUUACGUUGCGGUUCAAUUUGUUCUUAAUUAUGAAGAAGGUGGUGAAAAUAAUAUUUUACAUGGAGAUGCUGCAUCAGAAGCAUUUCUUUCUGAAAUUGUUGGUGCUGCUCAAUGGCCUGGUCUACGUCAUUGGAAUAUGGAAUCCAUCUAUGAAUAUGGUGCUCGAGCUGGUUUUUGGCGUUUACAUCGUCUCUUUACAGAAAAGAAUAUUCCUGUCACUAUCUAUGCUGUUGCAACUGCUCUUAUGCGUUCACCUGCACAAGUAAAUGCUAUGAUAGAUGCCGGAUGGGAAAUAGCUUCACAUGGCUAUAAAUGGGUUGAACAUAAAGAUAUGUCUGAAGAAGUUGAAAGUCAACAAAUUAAUGAAGCUAUUCGUUUACAUACUCUUGCUAUUGGUCAACGUCCAACGGGUUGGUAUACUGGUCGAUGUUCAGUUAAUACAGUUAAUCUUGUUAGUGAAGAAGGUGGAUUUGAAUAUAUUUCAGAUACUUAUGAUGAUGAUUUACCUUAUUGGUAUGAAUAUAAAGAUAAAGCACAAUUAAUUAUUCCUUAUACAUUAGAUGCCAAUGAUAUGAGAUUUGCAACUCCACAAGGUUUUAAUUGUGGUGAACAAUUUUAUACUUAUCUUAAAGAUUCUUUUGAUUCACUUUAUGAAGAAGGAAAAAAAGGUAGUCCAAAGAUGAUGACUAUUGGAUUACAUUGUCGUUUAAUUGGUCGUCCUGGUCGAAUUGCUUCUUUAGUUCGUUUUAUUGAUUAUAUAAAAAAUCAUGAAAAAGUUUGGAUACCAACUCGAAUUGAUAUUGCUCGUCAUUGGAAAAAAACAUAUCCUUAUGUUAAACCAGAUCUUAUACCAACAAAACUUGAUCGAAAAACAUUUGUGGAUCGAUUUGGAUCAAUUUUUGAACAUUCAUCAUGGAUUGCAGAACGUGCAUUUGAUGCUGAACUUGCUCCAGCUAGUAAUACAGCAAGUGGUCUACAUUUCGCUCUACGAACACAAUUUCGUGCAGCAUCAGAUAAUGAUCGUUUAAAAGUAUUAGUUGCUCAUCCAGACUUAGCUGGAAAAUUAGCUGCUGCAAAAAUUUUAACAGCUGAAUCAACAAAUGAACAAGCUUCUGCUGGUCUUGACAUGUUAACUAAUGAAGAACGAAUGAUUUUUACUGAAUUAAAUGAUAAAUAUACAAAAAAAUUUGGUUUUCCAUUUAUAAUUGCAGUAAAAGAUAAUACAAAAGCAAGUAUACUUGAAGCAUUCAAACGUCGACUUGAAAAUGAUCGUGAAACAGAAUUUCAAACAGCUUGUGCACAAGUAGAACGUAUUGCUUAUUUACGUUUGAAAGCUAUUUUACCAGAUUAA